GGAGAAGGUUCUCGACCCGGAGCGUCGCCCGUCACUUCCUCUCCGUCCAGAGACGCUGCCCGUCCCGCUGAGUUACUCCAGCACGUUGUGCCUUUCUCCCGUGUAGACCGGCAUCUGCCCUUCCUUCCUUUCUGCCUUCCUGCCUAUGGAGCGCGCGUUCCCCUACUCGCUCUUCCCCGCCUUCUACUGCCCGGGCCCCAUCGCCGCGCAGUGCCGGCAGCUCGGCGAAUGGGGCAGGUACGAGCACGUCCAGCCCUUCGUUGUGGAGGCCGGGGAGCAGCAGGAAACAGAAUUGAAAUGGGUUGCCCAGAAAAGUUUGAAACGAGAGACCUGGGAACCAUUGGAACCUGUUCCUAUUCCGCUACUUCCUGCCAAAAAAGGUUGCAAGUUCCAUCCAGUAAGUCUAGAGGAACUUACAUACACUGGGAGGAUAACGACUGAUGGAGAAGGAGAAGCAAUGACAAUGUGCCCACUUAAUUUCACAGAGCAGAUGGCUAACUUCUUCCUUGAUCAUUAUAAUGAUGCCUUUGGCUCAAUGGGCAAACUUCUAGAAGAGCACUUCUAUUUUGGUGAAAGUGUCCUCAGGGGAAAAGCAAGAAAGACAGCAAUAAAUGUUAACAAUCUGAAGAUAUUCACAGAACGAAUAAAAAAGAGAGAAUGCCCACUUUCCAGUGCAAGUAAACAUGCAAGACUUCUAAAUUUGUUGUUGCGGGAGUCUAUUUUUGACAUUCCGCCAAACUUGUUGGCAGAAAAUAUUCAUGAAGAAAUGAAGAUUCAAAGAAACAAAAUUCUGUUUGAUAAUGCUGCCACUGGAGGAGCUCUGGUAUAUUGCCCUUUUUCCAAAGGAGCCCGUUUUGAAGAAGGAUGUUUGAUCUAUCCCAGCAGCACGUCCAUGAACUUGCUUAAUUUCCACAAAAUCGCACUGCGUUGUGAGCAAGAUAAAAUGCCAAAAUUUGAUGCAAAGUUUAAGCCAGUGAAAUUUAAGUUGAAGGGUAGAAUCCAUCAAAUCAGCUCCAGUGCUUUGGAUGAAGAAGUUUUUGUAGGGGUUCGCUCUGAUUAUCAUUGUGGGGUAUGGAGACUCUCUCAUGAAAUUAAUCCAUCUGCCUUACAAGUGGUUCAGACAGAACAAAUGGCCACAUGCAUUAAUGUCAGUCCUCAUGUGCCUGGAGAGCUGGUAAUUGCCAGUGAGUGUGGAGCUGCCUAUCUUUGGAUCCUGGACAAAGGCCUUCAGAAAAUAAGAAAAGAAACUGAGAACCUCUACUUCAAUGCUCAAUUACCAUGGAGGUGGUGUGACUUCACAGCUCACCCACGGGUGUAUAUGUAUGCUGACAGAACUGGACUUGACUUAACCGAUGCAAGGGCUGGUGACACCUAUAACCAAACCUUGUUUAAAAUUGGAGCCACCGCUGACUGCCACAAAGGUGAACGUGUGAUUUUUCCCAAACACCUACGAGAUGUAAAUCCGUACCAUUAUCUAAUUACCACACAGUAUUCUGCCUACAUUGUCGAUGAACGAUUCACUACUGUACCCGUUCUGAAAUGGAACCAUAUGUUGGAAUCACCACCAAUGUUUGCACAAGUUGUCAAUGGGGCAGUAACGAACAGAACAAACAAGAUUGUUUUAGGCACUCAGCGUACUCAAGAGGUGUUACUUCUGCAAUAUUCAGGUGGGACACAGCUGCCUUGCCAGUCAUUUGGGCCUCCACAGAAACUCUCCAGUAUUUAUGACAUAAUGCAACAUUUGCCAGUUAGGAUGCCCCCCUUAAAUGAAGUGGUUGCUGAGAGACUUCAAUCUGCUGGCGCAGGACUUGCGACACUUUACCACGCUCGUGGCAAAAAGACGUUGUCUUUGUUUCAGCUGAAUGUGGCCGGAGACCUAUUUUACCAGACUCUGGCCCCUCAGAAGUUGUCAGCUGAUGGGAAAAGGACAUUACAAGCCACAAGAACUACCACUGGAAGUGAACAUGAACCAGAUGGUGCUACUUUGGGUGAUGGGGUACAAUCAAUAAAUCGUGGCCCAGAACUAAGGCAAGAUGGAGCGCAUGAUCUGGCGCCUGGUGAAAGUGAAAGACAGGAUGAAGCUUCUCCAUCAAGGGUAGUGGAUAAUGAAAGAUUACAACCAUUGACCAAGCAGGGUACCAAUACACUUUCAACGCCCAGUGGUGCUGCUCUUGUCUUGUGCCGAAAGUGGAUGAAGUCGUUCUUAAAAAAGCAAGUGCAAGUUCCAAAUGGCUGUGAAGCGCUUCAAAACUAUUCUAUCGUCAAUACAAAGCGUCUGUUCUUGCACAAGGCAUUUAGUAAUGAUAAAGAAUCAAAUGAAACAUACAGAGAAAUAUGGAAUCAAAUGAAAGCAGUUAUGGAGAAGAAGGAAGUGCUUUGCCAUAAUACUUUUCCAAUACUUGAUCCUGUCAGUCUCCCAGAUGUUGUGGAUCCUUCAGUGUGGAGGGAUGAGUUGAGUGAAAGACUUACCGCAUCGUGGGAGGGUAAGUGGAAUGAGUGGUGGGCAGAAAAAUUGGAUGUGAACCGGGACAAAAAAGUCAGAGCGUUGCGAGCAAAAAGAAGGCGGGAGAAGUUAUCUCGAGCGGGCCAACGAAGAGGACUUACGGGGAGCUUCACAUCCUCAGUGUCUGGUUUGGCAGACUUCAACGAUUUUUCAGGCUGGAAUAGAUCUUCUGUGGUGGAUUCAGAACAAAGUGAUUAUUUAUCUGGAUCAGAAAGUAAUAUCCUAUCCAAUAAAUCUCUAGAAAUGUCAGUUGAGAGAGUUACUGAAGAUAGUGGACCAGAGUUGGACGUUCAAUCCAAUGUGUCUGGCAUACAACAGGGCCAAACACCAACACCGGCAUUUUUACAAGCAAUGCAGUUGUUCAGUGUUCCCAAAGAAAGAAAGAAAAUUCUUCAAAAUUAUUUAGCUGCACUUGAAGAUUGUCCACCCCAAGCUUCUCAAGAAGACACAAUGAGCUGGUCACUGCCGUUAGCUUCCUCAACACAGCUGUCAUUGGGCCAACCUUCACAACAGACAUCCACUUGUGAAAUGUCCUGCCUACCAGUGCCUCGAAGUCAGUCUGGAUCGUCUCAGCCAAAAAAGAAAAGGGCCAGAAUGGGGUUUUAGAAAUGACAAUGUUGAAUUAUCAUUUUGUAAAGAAUUGCCUGCCGCGUAUCUGAGCCAAAUAUGUAAAUCAACCAUUUAUUUUGUAAAACAAUAAUUGUGCUGAAAUCCAAAGUAUAUAAAGAAUGUACUAGCAGAUGACUGCUUUAUCUUUCAAUUUGUUAAUAUUAGACUCAGAAUAUUUAUUUGCAAACAAAGCAUAGAUGUGAUAAAAUUAUUGUUGUUCAGUCCCCUUUUUGUUUCCUGAACAAUUGUAUGAUUGAUUGUCUUCUGGACCAAGAUAAUAACCAAACUGAUUUUGGAAAAUGGUCUUGAGUUUUUUAUAAAAUGUAAAUUAUGUAUGUGGGCGACAACUCUUUACAUGAAUAAAAAUAACUUCUUUUCCUCAUAAAACAA